CUCAAUACUCAGCUGUCAUUCGGUCGGUGUUCGUCGUUGUGAGCUGUCGAAGAAGAAAAUCGUGCUUAGGUUCCAUUACCUAAUUAGCCGGUGUUUCUCUUACUUCGAUUCAGAGCCGCAAUGUUUUGAAUGAACCAUUCUCUCAACUGAAUGCCAACUUUUUUAAAGUUAUGAGUUGGAAUAUUGAUUUAACUAAAUCUUCUCUACCUCUCACCCGUGUUUUCGACAAGUUCGGAGAUAUUAUUUGUCAGCAGUUAAGCGAAAGUCAACUUAUGAAAGUUUCCAGUGUAACCAACCCACCGAUGGUCUGGAGGAGACCACACAGUGCUUUAGAAAACGAGUCAAUCGACGCUUUAAAAAACAACAUGAACAGUGUUCUAUACUUUUCUGAUGAAGAUGAGCCAUCUGAAAGGCUGAUGGCUUGCCAAGCUUUGGUGGAACGGCUGGAACAAGCCCUUCGUGAGGCCAAACUGCUUCACCUGCAGUGCGGGGAAGUACUUUUGCCACAUGACCUGAUUUGGAGGAUUGCUGACCAAGUGGUGACAGCUUCAGAGUAUGAACCAUGUGGCCUAAGGGGUUGUCUAAUAUAUAUUCAUCUUCAAGAUGUUAAAAAACUGGAACGGAGAAGAGUAGGGGUAGUGAAAUGGGACCCAAACACAGUGGCAACUUUUGAAAUCCACCUUACGCUCUUUCAAGAUAACAGUAGCUGGUGGAGUCUUAGGCAUCUCAUUCCCGAAAAACUUCUUCAGAGCUUGGGCAAGCGUUCCAGUCUUGUCAUCAGCAGUCAUUUCCUCUUGGACAAAAAGAAGCUUUACCGGUCCUCCAGUCAGUGAAUGCUUGUUGGACAUUUUUCUUUCUCUUUUGAGUUUGUAGUUAAUGUCUUUUUAUGGCAGCAUCUCGUGAUUGUUUUGGUCUACGCACCCCUCAACUUUCAGUGAGCCUCCCUACUUUUAUUGGGAAAAUGUUAGUCUAACUUGCACCAUUCAUGAAGUAGGUAAUUAUCUAGAUUGCAUGUGAAUAAAUUAAUCUGUUUGAACGUUGAUGAUUUCAUUAUGCCUUUCAAUAGAUAUCUUGCAUAUGAUUUAAACCUGCAGCAUUAUUUCACCUAAACUAUGGAUAGCAAAUGGGACUUAAGCAUUCUUUUUUAAAAAAUUCAGUUAUUAAUCUAAAUGGAAAUUUAAUAGUGUAUUUGCAUAAAUACUUAGAUAAUAUUUAGUUUCUCGAGGCAGGUGAUAAAAUUUUGCUGAAUUAUAAGAUGUUUUCAUUAAAAAUGGCACUGUUCCUAAUUAUUAUAAUUCAGUAUGUAUUCCAAGGUCAUGGGGUGCGUUAACCGGUGCGAGGAAUUUGCUGCUAAUCAUUGAUGCUUAGUACCUGUGGCUGCUGCUGGAUGGCACCACUGUACAUCUACAUAUUUAGUAACUGUCUGUGAUAGGUACAAACUUCUUUCUUUGUUCAUAGGACACUUGAAAUAAUAUUUUACCUUUAUGCCAACUUUUCCACUGCUGUAAAUUACUAAAUUACGAGGCUUGAUGAUAAGAUGACCUAUGCAGUGAUUGCAUAGCAAGUGGCAUGACUUCGCAUGGUUAAGGAAAAUCUGUUUUUCUUGUGGUUUUUUUUAUGUGCCAUCACACAAAUGUUUAAAAGCCUUAAUCAAUUGUUUUUUUCCUUUUCAACUAUAAAAAGUAACGAAGUGGAUUCGUUUUUUUUUUUAAAGCCACAAGUGAUACUUGUUAACGCACAAUUUAAGCUUUCCCGGUUUAUUAAUUCUCAGCAUGUGGAAGUGUUGUGCCUUUUAAUUAAAAUCCAUGCAUCUAUUAAAUACUCAAAUAUUUGUGUAAAUGGAACUUAAGGAAGAACAAUGCAUUGUCUUAAUUGUAUAUUUUUUUAACUAGAAAAAAGAAUAGUUUUCCCCCUUGGCAUUAUGUAUAAAAUUUGCAUUUUCUAUUAUCAUUGCUGAAAUUGUGAAUUGGAAUAAAUACUUUCAAAAAUGUAGCUUUAGUAUGCAUAUUUGAACUUGAUACUCUUCUAGAAUAUAAAAUAUAAUUCUUCUUUAUUUGUAUAUAAAAAACUGAUAAAAUUAUUGAAAAAAAAUUUAUUUGCAUGGAUCAUAAAUACUGGCUAAAUUUAUGUAUGAAAAUACUAUGCAAUAAUGCUUCCAGAUGAUUUUGUGAUUCCUUCUAAUCAGUUCUAUAGAAGUAUGCUCACUAGAAAUGUUUCAAACAAAAAGUGAUUAAAAAUAAUCUGUGAAUCCUUUUUAAACACAAUGUGAUAAAAUUUUAUCAUUGGAAGUUCAAUUGAGUAUUUUCAUUGUUGAGUGUAAAGUGAGUGAACUGAGAAUUAUGUGGUGGAAAUCUUAAGUAUGUAUGCAUGGAAUUUUUUAGCUAUUUUUAAUGUCUAUAUAAUUUUUAAUGCUCUUUAUGCACUGUAUGAAAAAGCCCUGCCUCUGUUGUUUGCAGACUUGAAUGCAGUGUUCCACUGGAAAAUUUUCUAGGUUAAAAUUUGUUAUUGCAUAAAAUAAGUUUACGCUGUUUUGUUUUUAAAAUUUAAUAACUUAUAAAGUUUUGAUAAAAACAUUUACAAAAAUUGAUUCAAAUUUCAAUAUUUGAAAAUUUUAUUUAGUUAUUUCCUUAGAAAAAUGAAUUCUAUAUGUUCAAUAAAAAUCUAUUUGGAACACUGAAUUUACAGCAGUUGCACUUUUGAAGCCAUCUUGCUUCCACCUUUUGUGUCAGCUUCACCUAGAUUAGAGAACACAUGUUUGUAAUUUUUCUAAGUGUUUUCCAAGUUUGAUAUUUAGUGUUUUGAAUUUAAUGCAUUAACUCAAAUAAUAAAAACAAUACUGUAUUAACAUAUUGGCCCAUACAUACCGUUUUUGAGAUUGGCUUAUAAAAAUAUUUGUUGAAAAUGUUUUUUUAGAAUCUUGUUCUUUUUUUGGAGAGAAUUCAGCGAUAUGCGAAUUACUUUGCAGUAUUUGGUUAAUCCAUUCAAGUUUAAUUUCAUUAAAUAUUUUUAUAGCUUUUGUAAUCUUACAUUGAGUUUUUCCGAUACCAGAAAUAUUAUAAAAGAACAUUUAACUUAAACUAAAUUUUUUUAUUAAUAUAUUUCAUGCUUAUUAAGGCCAGUACAGUAAAUCAUUUUGCUUUUCAGACCAUUUAACAUAUUCUUAUAUUAAAUAUUUUACGAAUAAAAUCCCAUGAGUGGCAUUCUAAAAAACAUUCUGUGAUCUUGCUCAUUGUGUCAUGUAGUCAAAUGAAGAAGCAUGUUUUGUAAAUGCUCUAAAAUGUUUUGAGGUGAACUGGAGGGGGAGGCAUUUCUUGGCUUAUUUAUGCUAACUUCCGUCACAUCUAAAAUUGUACUAGUCAACAUGAUCUCUUUUUAUACACUGCUGUAAAAUUUUCCUUAGAUUUUGCUUUUCAGUUUAUGCUUUUUAAAGGAAAAUAAGUCAAAUGUUUCUGCUCUAUAAUUAUUAUUCUUACUUCCCAGCGAAAAUUCAUAACAUUUGUUUUAAUCAUUCCUAAGUUCUUUCAGUUUUAUGUACUACUAUAAUCAACUAGUUUAGACAAGAAAAGAGGUUGUGUACUUGUGUAGAUUUUUUCAGGUAUUAUACUGUUUAGUAGGUUUAGUCGUUAUAAUCCAAUUUUUGAAACCAAAGCUCUGAGUGUUGCAUGUGUAUUCAUGAGGUGUUCAGGAAAAUACAUCAUUGUAUUUUUUGUUCUGUUGGCUAAAAAUGCUUGGAAAUUUGUGCUUGUAUGUGAACAAGAUGUGGAUGAACAACUUUUUGUAUGUGUGUUUUAUAUUUUAUAAGAAAAAUAAAUAAAAAAAUUAUUUCGAA